AUGAACCAGCCGGACCGCUAUGAGCGGUUUGUGCUGCCUGAGCAUGCAAAAAAGCUCGAGUAUGUGGCCGACACGAAGCUGGAGAACGCGGGCACCUACACCGUGGAGCGCGAGGACCACACCCUCGGCAACCUGGUGCGCAUGCAGCUGCACCGCGACCCCGCCGUGCUCUUCUCCGGCUACCGCAUCCCGCACCCUCUGGAGCCGCGCAUGCUGAUCAAGGUGCAGACCAUCGGCGCGUCCGCCGGGGCGAAGCGCGAGGGCGAGAAGGGGCCGCAGGAGGCGUUCACCGAUGCGGUGAAGGCGCUGCAGGGGGAGUAUGCAGAGCUGAGGUCCAAGAUGGCGGACGCGCUUGCUGUCAAGGAGAUGGAGGGAGGCGGCGGAGGCGGCGGCAGCAGUGGCGGCGGUGGCGGCGGCGGAUACUGA